GACGACACCACUACGACCACUUCAACGCACACACACGCUCGAGCCCGCCGCGUCUCUUGCUGCCGUCUCUUGGUGCCGCAGUGAUGCCCUUCGUCAAGAAGGCAGCAACCACCGACACUACACAGAACAGGAGACAGACACUGCCAGCAACAUGGACGCCAGAUCAACAACAACAUCGUCGCACCGCAACGCAUGCGCACAGCCUACCGAAAGGCCGCCUCUCGCCGAGUCACUUCGACGCGCUCUUUGCAGCAGCGCCAGUGCCGCGUACUGUACUCAAGAAGUCAGCACCGAUAGUGACGCGACAUGAGAGGCAAGUGUCCACAACACAGACAGAGGUCGAUGCCAUAAGUCAAUUGAGAAUACCCGUGUCGGCCACGCGCAGCACGCUUACCAAGUUUAGAGCGUCCGCAGACAAAGCAGCCCCCCGGAGAGCGCGCGCAUCGUUGCCCUUGCCCAGUGUCGCGAAGCCGAAACGCGACAAACGGUAUAGCUUGACAGCCAUGUCUCAUCAGACACUGGUCUAUAUCAAGCCAGACCCAGAAGACAUUGUUGAUGAGCUCGAUCUUCUUGCAUCUCCAGCGCCACCCGCUGUAGCGCUAGUCGUACAACCUGAGCCGACGGAGAUGCUCGGUGACCUCCAAGCGGUCGCUGAUUCUGAGGCAAGCUCGCCCGCCAAUUCAGUGCAAAGCAGAGAGAUGGCUCAAGCGGCUGCCAUCAUGCUUGGAAGUCAUGAUGCCCCGACAGCUGAUGAUGAGAAAACAAAUGAGAGCCAACCAAGCGUCGGAGCGGUCAGACCGCCUCCUAAGCCUUUCAACCCUGUUGUUCAAGGCGAUCAACAGCCCGUUAUCGAGAGUAUUGCGCCUGUCUCCGCAUCACUCAUCGCGAGCGGACCGACACCUGCACCUCUAGCGAGAACACGCAGUCCAUCGCCCGCGCAAUUACAAAGGCAACAUGGCACGACUCCAGCGCGACCCAUUGACGACAUCUUGUUCAUGUAUGGCCUUUCACCGAGUAUAUUCAAAGACAAAAAGUCCCCCGCGAGAGCAAUUCCAAGCCCAGUGGCGACUGCUGGUACACCGCUUACACCGGGCAAUCUGAAGGCUUUGCAAGCCAGUAAUACUCCCAAGAAGCAAGACGCCUUCAUCGUCAGCUUGCCGCCCCCAGCUGCUCAUAAUGCGCGUCAAACAAAGCGAACCAGUUUUGUGUCGACUGAGGUUGACUUCGCUCAGAGACCGGAUAUUGUGCCUGCGCGAGCUGUAGUGGCAAAGGAGACACUUGUCACAACACAUGCACCGGCUAUGGCGCAUCAAGACUCAGCAAUGCUGGCGAGGUCAUCUGUGAUAAAGACACCAGUGCAGACUCCUCGCCAGUCUGCUGUCAAGCGCAAGCUGCUCAGUGCUGCACAGCUUGAAGAGGCUUCUCCGACGGUCAAACCCAGCACAAAAAAGUCACCGGCAAAAGCAGGUCCAAGCUCUCCUUCGAAGGCAUUGACUCGUGUCAUGGGUCCGUCAAGAUUGACCACGCCAGAGCCUCAAGUACGAACCACAAUGGACAUACCACUUCCGCGCCAGUCUAUCGAGCAGGAAGUUUGGCAACGCAUGCCAAAUAGAAAGCGUCCACUGUCUCUUUCAGCCAACUCACCCAUGAUGCGCCGUGACAAGGUACAGAAGCUGGUCGUCGAAGAAUCACCGCAAGCUCAUUCGAGCCCAGUGAAAUUACAAGCACAACCACAGUCUGCGCCGAGGCUUGGCCGCGCGUCGACUUACUCAGUUGAGAAGCGCUCAGCGUCUAGUCCCACAAAGAGGAGGGCAGCUCCGGCGCGAACUCCCAGGCUGGGCCGUCUUCAGAAAUUAGCCAAGACGCUUGCAGUCGAGAAGUCUGUGGACCGCGAGGCUGAGGCAGAGCCUGAACUCGCAGUGCAAACACCUAUUACGCCUGCACCGCCGAUGCGCUCUAGCAGCGCCCGGAAGCGUCUCAAUGAUGAUGUUCCUCUUGACGUUGUUGAAGGGAACGAAGAUCCUCUGCAAGUGAUUCAGCCUGUUAUCGAAGUACCGUCGCCUCAGCACCUGUUAUCAGUGAAAUCAAAAUCCGCAAAGAAAGGGGCUGCCUCCGUGCCUACUCCAGUCUUCAAGUUCGGUAAGCGUCCACUGCGAUUGCCAGACUCUGAAAGCGAAUGUGAGGAUGAGCUAUCCAUGCUUGACCAAGGCGCUGCUGAUACACAUCACAACGAGAAUCUCGAAGCUGGUGAGCAAGAGGAUGCGCGGCAAGAGCAAGAACGGAUCCAGGCAGCGCGACGGCCGAAGGUGGCAGGAUCUUCCAUCCUCCAGGAACUCAAUACCUUCGGCAAGCAGCCUUCACCUUUGCCUCGUAGCAAGAGGCAGCGCAAAUCUCCUGGGACGUGGUGGGCUGCUGGUGAUGUGAUACCAAAAGAAGAAGAGGAAAUACUGCCUGUCGUCGCAACGAAACGGGGCCCUGGGCGGCCUCGUAAGCUCGUGUCCAGUAAGCCGCCUCCCUCAGUCGUCGACGCUCGGCCUAACUCUUCAUACUCUGCCAAGAAGGGAUUCAAAUCUGCCACCAAUGGCUCUUUUGACUCGACAGAGUCUGAAGCUGUCACCCGUCCCGGCUUAGCGAAGCGCAAAUAUCCAAAAGCAGGUGGCUCGCGAGCUAAUGGCAAUUCAACCGCAAGGCCCAAUAGCACGCAUCAAGGCUCAAAGCUGCAAAGCAAGAAAAGCGAUGAAUUGCAGGAUGUGGAGCAACCGCCAAAGAAGCGUGUUAUUAAAGGAUACGGUUCGAAACCGCGUGUCAGGGUGUAUAAUUUUGAAGACGAAGACUCAGAUGAUCUCUGAAUGAAUGUAGACAUUCUAGGAGAUGAAUGCUUACUGCCGGGCCGUAUACAAAUCCCCAAGUCUAUCGAUAAAAUACUUUGGAACGACAGGUGCAUCUUUUGCCGAGAAGUCAGCUUCCGAUGAGACACCAGUCAGCACCAUGAGAGAGCCACCCAUGCCCGAGUUAUGUGCGAAUUGAAUGUCAGUAUUGAGGCGGUCGCCGAUGAAUACUGCCUUCUUCUUGUCGAAUUGAAACUUGGCCUCGAUCGCAUCAAGCCUGAGUGUUAGUGUGGCGCGAUAAGGGGUCAAGGAUACAUUUCUGGGUUGGGUUUGCCAAGUGCUUUGCCUUCUCUGCCGGUAGCAAACCUCAAGGGCGCCGAGCAAGAACCGGCACCAGGAAAAAGGGAGCCUGAUGUCGGGUAUGUGGAAUCGGUGUUGGUCAUGAGCAACAGGC